AUGACAUAUGUGAGUUCUUACAUAAAUGUUUGUGUGAAUUUAUGGUUGAUAAGGAAGGCCAUAAGUAAGGUCUAUGAUCAUGCAUUUUGCGACCCGAAAUGUGACGUGAGGUGCUCGAAGGCAGGGAGGAAGGAUAGGUGUCUUCAGUAUUGUGGGAUAUGCUGCAGAGAUUGUCAUUGUGUUCCUUCAGGAACCUAUGGUAAUAAGGAUGAGUGCCCUUGUUACAGGGACAUGAAGAACUCCAAGGGACAGCCCAAGUGCCCUUAAUUCCAUUUUCACCAAAAGAAAAAGAA